GUAGGACCCAAGACCCAAUCGGUAGAAAUGCUGGGGAAGCUAGUGGAGAGUGGCAUGAAUGUCAUGCGUAUGAAUUUUUCACACGGAUCCCAUGAAUAUCAUGCACAAACCGUGACUAAUCUACGCAAGUAUCUUGAAAGAACAAAAGUUCCACGAGUUGUUGCAGUUUUGCUUGAUACAAAAGGACCAGAAAUUAGGCUAGUUUUGGUUGAUCAUACUGAUAAAAAACUCUUGGCUGGAAGUAAGUUCACAUUUCACAAUGAUAUGACACGUCUCGGAGACGAAACGCAGGUAGCUACCACCUACACCUCACUACCAAAGACCGUCAAAGCUGGGGAUCGUAUACUUGUCGACGACGGCCUUAUUGGAAUGCUAGUUGAUGAGGUGGACAUAGAUAAAUCUGAAGUUCACUGUACCAUCGAAAAUGAUGGUUUUCUUGGUGAAACCAAGGGUGUAAAUCUUCCUGGAAAUGUAGUUGAUCUCCCUGCUAUUACUGAAAAGGAUGCCGGCGAUAUCCGUUUUGGCAUUGAACAGGGUGUUGAUUUCAUUGCUGCCAGUUUUAUUCGAAAGGCUUCUGAUGUCUUGGAAAUUCGAAAACUAAUCCAAGGAACUGGCAUCAAGAUUAUCUCUAAAAUUGAGAAUCAAGAAGGUCUUGAAAAUUUUGACGAGAUUUUAAGUGUGUCUGAUGGUAUUAUGGUUGCUCGCGGAGAUCUUGGUGUCGAGAUUCCCGUUGAACAAGUUGCGCGUUUUCAGAAAAUGAUGAUUCGAAAGUGCAAUACAACAGGCAAGCCCGUUGUAACUGCAACUCAAAUGCUCGAGUCUAUGAUUGUCAAUCCUAGACCCACUCGUGCUGAAGCAACUGACGUUGCCAAUGCUGUUCUUGAUGGAUCUGACUGCGUUAUGCUUUCCGGCGAAACUGCCAAGGGAUCAUUUCCAGUAAAUACUGUCGAGAUGAUGUCUAAAAUUUGUCGCGAAGCCGAAGUUGAUAUCAAUUACUCGGAGCUAUAUCCUGCUUUACGUAGACAGAUUCGUCUCCCCAUUGGAGUCUCGGAGGCUGUAGCAGCCAGUGCAGUGAAAACUAGUUGGGACGUUCACGCUGCUCUGAUCAUUGUUCUCACACAAACUGGAAGCACUGCCACUCGUGUAUCCAAGUACCGUCCUAUUGCUCCUGUUCUAGCAGUGACUGCCUCUCCUCAAGCCGCCCGACAAUGUCAAGUGCUUCGUGGUAUCUAUCCGCUUGUAGUUGAUUCUAUGGAAGGAACCGAGAAUAUUAUUCAUUGCGCCAUGCUAUGGGGUGUUAAAAUGGGGAUGGCACAACGUGGGGAUGCCGUUGUAGUGACUUCUGGUGUUUUGGAGAGUACGGCAGGCUCUACGAAUAUUAUGCGUGUGCUGAAAUGUGUUGGAUUCGAGGUUUGA